AAAAAUAUCAUUAUUUUAAGAAAUAUUAAAAAUAUUAAUAUUUUUUCUUAAUUUUUAUAAGGAAUGAAGAAAUUUAAGAAUUGAUUUAUUUUAAUAAAAUUUAUAGAAAAUUAAAAAAUGGAUAUAGAUGUAUAUAUUGAGAAGUUAUAUAGAAAGGAGCUUCUGAGUGAGCCGAUUAUUGAAGCUAUUUGUGAAAGUGUAAAAAGACUUCUUAUAAAAGAAAGCAAUGUUGUUCAUAUUUGUUCACCGGUUACAGUUGUUGGAGAUAUUCAUGGGUUUAAUAUAUAUUUUUUUGAGAUUUUUUUUAUGAAGAAUAGACAAUUUUAUGAUUUAAUUGAAAUUUUUAAAAUUGGAGGAUUUUGUCCAGACACUAAUUAUCUUUUUUUAGGUUUAUUGAUUUUUUUUUUGGUUAAUAAGAAUAAAAAUGUUUUAGGGGAUUAUGUUGAUAGAGGGCUUUUUAGCGUGGAAACCAUUUCUUUACUUGUAUGUUUAAAAUUAAGAUAUCCAGAGCGAGUUCAUCUUAUUCGUGGAAAUCAUGAAUCACGUAGCGUAACACAAACAUAUGGAUUUUAUACAGAAUGCAUUCGUAAAUAUGGGAAUGUUAAUGUAUGGCAUCAUUUUACUAAUAUGUUUGAUUUUUUAACGUUAUCUGUUAUCAUUGAUAACAAAAUAUUUUGUGUUCAUGGGGGUUUAUCACCAUCUAUUCAUUCUAUUGAUCAAAUAAAGAUUAUCGAUCGUUUCCAAGAAAUACCACAUGAAGGGCCUAUGGCAGAUUUAGUAUGGUCAGAUCCGGAUCAGGACAAGAAUGAUUUUUCUAUUUCUCCAAGAGGAGCAGGUUAUACAUUUGGCAUCGAUAUUGUAGAAAAGUUUCUUGAAAUUAAUGAUAUAGAACAUAUUUUACGUGCACAUCAAUUAUGUCAUGAGGGAUAUCAAAUUUUAUAUGACGGGAAAUUAUCUACAGUAUGGUCUGCGCCAAAUUAUUGCUACCGUUGUGCAAAUCUUGCAUCUAUAUUAGAAAUAUAUGAUAAUGGUCAAAAAAAAUUUAAUGUUUUCGAUGCAGCACCAGAAAACGAACAUGAUAAUCCAUCUACUCAAAACAACCAAACUAAGCUAUCAGUUGAAUAUUUCCUAUAAUUGGAAUCUAUGUAACAUAUAACAUUCAGUUUUAUCAUUUCGCAUUGGCA